AGCGCUCGCGCAGCGCAGCUUCCCCUCAGCGUUGGGGGGGGGCAGUGGAGGCGGCGCCAUCUUGGCGGAGCCGUGCCGGGAGCUGCGGGACCCGUCCGAGCGGCGUGUCCGGUGGGUUGUGUUUUGUAUCCCUGGUGCAUCGUGGAGAACUUGCUGUGUAUCACCGAAGAAUUAUGGAGGAGAGCUGUUGUGAAUGAUGUUUAAAAAUUGGGAUCAGAAAGAGGAGUUGUGAAUCCAGAAGUACUACAGAUUAAACACAUCAUGAAGUAGCAGGGCAGCGGAUUUGCUUUUUCAAGACACGAAGGUGCUGUAUGAAAAUUCUACCCUUGAAUUCUCCAUUCUUUUUGGCACUGCCAUUGCAUCUGUUGAGAAGACACGUUGUAAAGUGUUCUGGGUCUGGCUGGGAUGGAGUUAACGUUUUUCACAGCAGCCCGUACAGUUCUGUUUGGAUUUGUGGCUAAAAGAAUGUUGUCAACACAUCGGUGUUUUGUGGCUGAACGGCACUUGCACAGUAUCAAGGCUUUAUCUGUUUUCCCUACUCUGUUCCUCCAGUGAGUGUGCUCAGAGUAGGUGAGAAGCUGGGAGGGAACUCGGCUGGGACAGCUGACCCAGACUCACCAAAGGGAUAUUCUGAGACCUGUAACGUUGUGCUGGGCAACAAAACUGAGGUAGAGGAAGAAGUAUUUUGAUGGUUUUGGUUUCUUUAUGUGGAUUUAUUUCUUGGCUCCCAAGGCUGUUGUUAUUUGGAGGAAGGCUGGACAUCAGUCAGCCUGUAGGAGGUGGUGAGUUCCUCUGUGUUGGUUUUCCUUUUCACUGAUGAAACUAUCUUGACCCACAAGUUUUCUGGACUUUGUUCUUUCCCAUCCCGCUGGUGGGGACGAGGAGUGAACAAUCACUGUGUGGGUGCUUGGCUGCUGGCUGGAGUCGACUCACAAGAAAAGUACAGAGAACAGAUGGUCUUCAGUGAAGUUUCUAAAUGGGCAGUUGUUUUCAGUUUGUUGUGCUUAUAGAGUAUUGGUGCUGAAGUGACGUGGAGUCUGUUAGUGACAGAAUUUGGGCUUUGCUCUUCUUUUGCUAAGUUCAGGUGGAGUGAGAGUUAUGGUUCUUGACAGAUAACUCGUCAUCAGGAUCUAGUGCUUUACAGAACAAGGUUUGUAGGAGUGUUCUUGAAUGCUCAGUGUUGGGCUGUUGUGUUUGUUCUAAAGGGAUGCAGUUUGCUAGAGGUUUGUGUUUGUUCUGAGAAUAUUGUGCCAUUUAUUGUGUGUUGUUAGAAAAUGUUGAAAAUCAGGGUAUGUUAAGUCAGUGUAUUCAAGCUUUUAUUGUUCUUAUGUUUGAAAGGCAGUAGAAUAAGGACAUAGGGAAAAUAAGUUGGCUUUGUAAAUUCAGGUACUUCUGAAGUUUGUCCUUGUUGGAUAUUUUUGCUCUUUCAUUUGAUGGUCUUCACUGUGUACGUUAAGUGGAGCGCUGGACUGGUGGAUAGCAUACUCUUGUGGUGAAGUUUGAAACCAGGUGGAUUUCAGAAGAAUGGAUGUGUCGUGUAAUCCUGAGAUGGACCUAAGCACCUUUCAAGAACUCAGUUGAGAACUGUUCCCUCGAUAUACUGUCAGUCUGUUUCAUUGCAACAGUUCAGUGUGGCACAAUUGAUGACCAAGUAAUCUCAUCGUACUUUCAUCGUUUCCAGAAGUCAACUUAAAUUUUGAAUUUCUUUUGCUUCUAAAAUGGAAACAAAGAUGCAGUGCAUGGCAUCUUGGAACAAGGAAGGAGUUCUUCACAUGGGUUCAUAACAUGCUUGGCUUUAGUAUUAGCCACUGCUAUGGAUGGGCUGCAGCAGUGUAGCACAGUGUGUAAAGCAAAGUACAGGUAUCAGCCAUUAAUUAUGUUUCAUUUUCUUUCCACAGUUAAGUUGAUUUUACAGAAUUUAUCAGGUCUCCAAAGCAGAAACAGGUGAUUUUUGCUGUGGGUUGAGCUCAGCAUGGCUGUAGUCAUCCGUUUACAGGGGCUUCCUGUUGUUGCGGGUCCUCCAGAUAUUCGUCGUUUCUUCUUGGGAUUGAAUAUUCCUGAUGGAGGUGUGCAUAUUAUUGGAGGAGAGAUUGGGGAGGCUUUUAUUAUAUUUGCAACAGACGAAGAUGCACGGCGUGCCAUGAGCUGUUCAGGAGGGUUUAUCAAGGACUCGCGCAUAGAGCUCUUUCUCAGCAGCAAGGCAGAGAUGCAGAGUACCAUAGAAAUAAGCCGGAAACGAUUUGACCGUGGGGGACGAGAAACUAUGUCUGGCUCUAGAAGAACAGGUACUAAUGGUUCUAGUAUGUCAAGUGUUGGAGAUAUACCACAUUUAGUUACAGCUUCUCCUAAAGGAAUGAGAAAACCUAGUUACGGGCCACCAAAUCGCCUGGAGCCUGGUUUCCAUACCAACGGCACAAGAUACGGUGAUAUGGGUAUGCCUAAGUCAAACUAUCAGAUAAGAAAGGAUUCUCACCCAUUUAACCCAGAUGAUCGUUAUUUAUUUCUACGUGGUAUACCUUACUCUGCAACAGAAGUUGAAGUACGUGGUUUCCUUUCGGGGAUACGUGUGGAUGGAGUGAUUCUGAUAAAGCACCGCAAUGGUUUAAACAAUGGUGAUUGCUUGGUAAAAUGUGCUACACCUGGUGAUGCCUUAGAGGGACUUAAACGUCACAGACAAUACAUGGGUCAGAGGUUUAUAGAAAUUAGUCCAACUACAGAGGAACGGUGGAUUGAAUGCGGUGGGAGGAUAGACAUGCCAGAUGAAAUGGAUGACUUUUUGUGCGAAGACCAUUCUCCAAGAAGUUCAGGCUACGUGCAUUCAAGGAAGCGUUCUCGUUCAAGGUCACCAAGGAGACAAAGAACACAUUCUCGUUCAUCUCCUACCCAGGAGUAUUACAUACACUUAAGAAAUCUAUCUUUUAAUGUGGAGAAGAGAGAUUUGAGAGAUUUUUUUCCUGAUUUAGAUAUACACAGCAAGCAGAUCAAGAUUCUAACAGAUAAGCAUCAGAAAAGGACUAGAGAUGCCUUUGUGGUGUUAAGGAGUGAGAGAGAAUAUCAGGCUGCUUUGGAAUGUCAUAGAAAGGUUCUUCUCAAUCGUCCUGUGUACAUUUUUCCAAUUUCAAGAAAGUCAAUGUUGAAAAUAAUUGACUCUUGUGAGAGGAAAAGAUCACUGGACAGAGAUCAUCUUGGACAGGCCAUAUCAGAAAAAAGUUACCGGGAAGGUCAUUCCAGCCCUAAGACUUGUGUUUAUGUAAGGAAUUUUCCAUUUGAUGUGUCAAAAAUUGAAGUGCAAAAGUUCUUUGCAAGGUUUGAUAUUGAUGAAGAUGAUAUUUACUUGCUCUAUGAUGAAAAAGGAGUUGGACUGGGAGAAGCAUUAGUGAAGUUUAAAUCUGAAGAACAAGCUAUGAAAGCAGAAAAUUUAAAUCGUCAGACAUUUUUGGGAACAGAAGUAUUAAUAAGACUGAUAUCUCAGGAUCAGAUGCAGAAGUUUGGUGUACCUGCACCAUUAUCUGCACCAAAUGAAAUGCACGGUCAUUCACAUCAUUCACAUCCAUAUGACAGAGCUGACCUCCCCCGUCCGGUUGGUUCACCAUCUGGACCACCACAGGGGCCACCCAUGCAUUCAUUUGGUCCCCCUGGGAACUUCAGGCAUCAUUCUGAAUUUAGACAUCCCCCUGAGGACUUCAUGUGCCCCCCUCCUAAGGAUUUUAGGGGUCCACCACCUCUCAUGGAUUUUGGUGGUGACAGUGAACCUUUUGGCAGAAUGGAGUUUGGGAAUAAUAAAAUGGGAAAUUUUCCUGAAGGAAGAUUUAUGCCAGAUCCAAAUUUCAGUGGUGGUUCUGAACGUGUUGUUCCUAUUCUGUUGAAAAAUUUACCUUUUAAAGCUACUCCUAAUGAGAUUCUGGAUUUUUUCUAUGGCUACAGAGUGAUACCAGAGUCAGUUUCUGUGCAGUACAAUGAACAAGGACUACCUUCCGGUGAUGCCAUCGUUGCUAUGACAAACUAUGAGGAAGCUAUGGCUGCUAUUAAUGAACUGAAUGAUAGGCCCAUUGGUCCACGGAAAGUUAAGUUGAGUUUGCUGUAGAGGAAAAGAUGUGCUAACAACACGUUCUAGGUUUGACAGUAUUGACAGUUAUUUUAACUUUUAAUUACUGGAAGAUGGAAAACAAACACUUUCCAUCAACGGUUGUAAAUAAUACCCAGUUCAGUUGUUUAGCUCUUGGUUGAAAUACCUGUAGGACAUUGAAUGUCAUACAUCAGGGUAUAAAAGAAUGGAGUUGUAAUGCUUUGGGUUUUUGUUUUUUUUUUUUUUUUU